AUGUCUUUUGUUGCUCCUCCUGGCUAUCAGCCAAUCUAUGGCCCUACAAUUCCCUAUCUGGGGCCCAUCUGUGGAGGGCUGAGGGAAGGGGUGUCCAUCUACCUACAGGGAACCAUUCCUGACAAUAUUACCAGGUUCUUUAUUAAUUUGCUUUGUGGAGAGUUCGAGUCCAGCGACAUCGCCCUCCACUUCAACCCUCGGUUUGAUGGCUGGGACAAGGUGGUCUUCAACACCUGCCAGAAUGGAUCCUGGCAAUCAGAGGAAAAGAUCCGUAGCAUGCCCUUCUGCAAGGGCCAGAGCUUUGAAAUGGUCAUCAUAGUCACUUCACAGGGCUACCAGAUCAAAGUCAAUGGGAAUGAAUUCCACACCUUCCAACACCGUAUUCCUUUUGAGAGAGUGCGUGCAAUGCAGAUCGGAGGAGAUGUUUCCAUCCAGACAAUUAACGUCAUAGGGGGAGGAUACCCGGGAUCAAACCUACCAGGUAUGGGUGGGCAGCCAGUCUACAACCCUCCUGUGCCCUACUCCAACAUGAUCCCAGGAGGGAUGUUUCCUAAGAGGACCAUCGUCAUCAGAGGCAUGGUGCCCUUUGGAGCACAGAGAAUUGGCAUCAACUUUAUGGUGAGCAGAUCCCGGGACAUUGCCUUCCACCUGAACCCCAGAGUGAGGGAGGGGAUUGUGGUGAGAAACAGCAUGAUUGGAGGGCGAUGGGGCCAAGAGGAAAGAGACUCGGCAUGAACCCCUUCAUGGAGGGACAGUACUUUGAUGUAAGUGUGUUUUAAUUUUUCCGUUUCUUUUCCUCAGAUAUCAAUUCGUUGCGGAAACCAAAGGUUUAAGGUGUUUGUGAACGGGCAGCACCUGUUUGACUUCGUCCACCGCCUACAAUCCUUCAGUGAGGUGGACAUGCUGGAGAUCGAGGGCGAUGUGCAGAUCUCCUAUAUCCACUUCUGAGAGUGCACUCACCUUUGCACUGAUCAAUAAAUUCUG